CGCGCCGUCGGAGCCGCCAUGGAGCUGGCGGGGGACCGGUACCUGGGGGGCGUCAUGCGCGGCAGGAUGGAAGGGUUCGGCCGCUACACGCUGCCGUCGGGCGCCGAGUACCGGGGCUCGCUGUGGGACGGGAUGUUCCACGGCAAGGGCGAGCUGCAGCGGCCCAGGGGCGGCGGGCAGCGGGCGCUCUGGAUCCGCGGGGUGCCCACGCAGGGGAAAUACACUUUUGCAGAUGGUCUCGAAUAUGACGAGGAAAAAUGGCGUUACUGCGAUGGCUACGACAGAAGAUUUUAUACAGAAAUCUGUUCUGGUUUUAAACCACCAGGCAUUCCUCAACUUACAAAUCUGGAUCCUCCCAAAAUAAUCCCAGAAGGUUGUUAUGACUGUGGGGAUGGAUUCUAUAACCCCAAAACCAGAGUAGUUGUUGACUACAAACGCAAGUUUCUGAGAAAUACAGACAAUGAUGAGCAUGAAUGGAUCCUUCGGACCUGCCGGAAAGCCUGGGAUAUAACAACUGAGGACGAACCCAAACCAUCAAACAGUUUUUCCUAGACAAUAUUCCAGCAAAGCAGGAGAUGAAUGCAAAUGACCUGAGAUAAGGUUUGGUUCAGUGGCAACAGUCAGUGUGAAAUAUGUUGUGAAACAAUGUAUUGAAUAAAUUAGAAGAUUUCUUACA